AUGACGCUCAUUAACUGGAAGGACUGGGGAGGAUGGAGGGGUAUAAGAACGGCGGCGAACGCCUUUGUCUCGACGACUACACUUUGUUGGAUCGCCGCCUUCCUCAUCUUCUCUCAGUGUCUCUGGAUGCUCUACACCCGCCGCUCAAAGCAAUACCCGAGCGAGAAAGGAGAGAAACGACACGACACACAGCGCAACAACGGCAACAUGUUCACCCGCGUGCCCUUUCUCCUGUCGGCAGUCGCCAUCAUGGCGCUCUGCGCGAUGGCGAGGGUCGCGGAAUUCGGGAAGCCGUUUGCACGGCAGUACCUGGCCUCUACCACGAUCAGUAGCGGCCACUCGCAGUUCACCGUCCCCGCGUCGGCAGACGAGGGAGCGCACCUCAUUCCCAACGUUGAGGACUCGGAGGCCAAGGACCCGCAGAGCGUAUGCCCGGGAUACACGGCCUCCAACGUCCAGACGACAUCACACGGAUUCACCGCCAACCUCGACCUCGCCGGCUCAGCUUGCAAUUUGUACGGGAACGACGUCGAGGCUUUGACACUCGUUGUCGACUACCUCGCAACGGACCGUCUUCACGUACAGGUGCUGCCGCGGUACCUGGGUGCUGAGAACAACACUUGGUUCAUUCUUCCUGAAGAGUUCGUCCCGAAACCCGCUGCAGACGGGAAGGCGAGCUCUGAUGGCUCAGACAGCGAUUUGGAGUUCAAGUGGGCAAACGAGCCCACUUUCGGCUUCAACGUGUCCAGGAAGAGUACUGGAGAUGUUUUGUUCACGACCACAGGAACUAAGCUUGUAUUUGAAGAUCAAUUCUUCGAGUUUGCUUCGCCGCUUCCUGAGAAUUACAACCUGUAUGGACUUGGUGAAGCUAUCCAUGGCUUCAAGCUGAACAACAAUCUGACUCGCACACUCUACGCGGCUGAUGCCGGUGACCCAAUCGAUGGAAACAUCUAUGGCUCUCACCCGGUCUAUCUCGAUACCCGCUACUACCAAGUCGAUGCCGAUACCAAGUCGGCCGUCUACGUCGCCAAUGCCACGGACAAGAAUGCCGACUACAAAUCCUACACCCACGGGGUUUUCCUCCGUAACGCUCACGCCCAGGAAAUCUUGCUUCGGGAGUCGAACAUCACCUGGAGAGGCCUGGGUGGCACCAUUGACCUCUACUUCUACGCUGGACCGACUGCUGACGCCGUGAUGAAGUCCUACCAGAAGACCACCGUCGGCUUGCCUGCCAUGCAGCAGUACUGGACUUUCGGCUUCCACCAGUGCAGAUGGGGCUAUACCAGCUGGGACAACCUGCAGGAGAUUGCAGAUGACUUUGCCAAGUUUGAGAUUCCUCUGGAAACUCUCUGGGCCGAUAUUGACUACAUGAACCAAUACCGCGACUUCGAAGACGACCAAAACUCCUGGGGCUACGAAGACGCUGCCCGUGUCCUCGGUAACCUGCACAAGAACGGCCAACACUUUGUCCCCAUCGUCGAUUCCGCCAUCUACGCCCCCAACCCAGAAAAUGCCAGCGACGCCUACCCAACAUACGACCGCGGCGUCGAAGCCGACGCCUUCAUGCUCAACCCAGACGGAUCUCUCUACGUCGGCGCUGUCUGGCCCGGCUACACCGUCUUCCCAGACUGGGUCGGCGCCGUCUUUGGCCGCAGUAAGACGUUUGAGUGGUGGACCACCGAAAUGGUGACCUGGUUCCAAAAGGUCGCCUUUGAUGGCAUCUGGAUCGACAUGUCCGAAGUCUCCUCCUUCUGCGUCGGAAGCUGCGGCAGUGGGAACCUCACCCUCAAUCCCGUCCACCCUCCCUUCUCGCUCCCCGGCGAACCGGGCAACGAAGUCCUCCAGUACCCCGAAGGCUUCAACAAGACCAACGGCACCGAGGCCGCCUCCGUCUCCGCCCUCUCUGCCUCACUGGCAGCCGCCCAAUCCACCUCCUCAACCGCAGCAACCGCAGCAUCUGCCACUCCCACAACGACAUCAACAACCUCAUACCUCCGCACCAAGCCCACGCCAGGCGUCCGCAACGUGAACCACCCCCCCUACGUAAUCGACAACAUCCAAGGCGACCUCGCCGUCCACGCCGUCUCCCCCAACGCAACCCACCAUGGCGGCACCCAAGAAUACGACUUCCACAAUCUCUUCGGCCACCAGAUCCUCAACGCCACCUAUAACGCCCUCCUCUCCGUCUUCCCCGGCAAACGCCCCUUCAUCAUCGGCCGCUCCACCUUCGCCGGCUCCGGCAAAUGGGCCGGCCACUGGGGCGGCGACAACGCCUCCCUCUGGGCCUACAUGUUCUUCUCCAUCCCGCAGGCCCUGUCCUUCAGCAUCUUCGGCGUGCCCAUGUUCGGCGUCGACACGUGCGGCUUCAACGGCAACACCGACAUGGAGCUCUGCGCCCGCUGGAUGCAGCUCAGCGCCUUCUUCCCCUUUUACCGCAACCACAACGUCCUCGCCGCCAUCCCGCAGGAGCCCUACCGCUGGUCCGCCGUCGCCGAGGCCUCGCGCUCCGCCAUGGCCAUCCGCUACGCGCUGCUGCCGUACAUGUACACGGCCUUCUACAAGGCGCACACCCUCGGCGACACCGUCAUGCGCGCGCUGGCGUGGGAGUUCUCCGACGAGCCCUGGCUCGCGGGCGCGGAUCGGCAGUUCCUUCUCGGCCCGGCGGUCAUGGUCACCCCCUGCCUCGAGCAAGGCGCCAGCACCGUCGGCGGUGUAUUCCCCGGCGUCGGUAAGGGCACCGUUUGGUAUGACUGGUAUAACCAGUCCGCCGUCACCGGCGUCUCACCCGGACAGAACGUGACGAUCGAUGCGCCCCUGGGUCAUAUUCCGGUCUACCUCCGUGGCGGAUACGUUAUCCCGACGCAAGAGCCCGCCUUGACGACAACUGAGAGCCGGGCGAACCCUUGGGGUCUACUGGUUGCGCUGGACGGCGAGGGUGCUGCUGCGGGUAGCCUCUAUGUUGACGACGGCGAGAGCUUGGAGCAAGAGGCUACUCUGACUGUAGAGCUCUCCUCUUCCGACAAGUCGCUCAAGGCCACUCCAUCUGGCGACUUCAAGGACUCGAACCCGCUCGGAAACGUCACCGUUCUGGGAGUCCAGAGCGACGUUUCUUCGGUAUCUCUUAAUGGAAAGGCCCUGGACGGAGCGAAUUGGUCCUUUGACUCGUCUUCUCGCGUUCUCCACGUCACUGGUCUGCAGUCUUUCACAUCUGCUGGUGCAUGGUCAUCUUCGUGGGAGCUUACUUGGUCCUAG